AUGAUAUCUGCUUCAAAGCUUCAUAUUUCAUACAAAAUGCGCCAACGAAUCACCUUUGUUCAGCAGCCAGAGGACUCAGUGAACCCAGAGACAAUCAAAAUCACGGACGAUUCUAUUUCGACUACGAAUAUCAAAGCAGCAAGGGAGGAUCGGAUAACAUUCGGGUUCGAUGAGCUCCCGCAGGAGCUAUAUCGUGUGCUCAAAGCUAGCCAUGAGUUACAUAUAAGAUGGGUUAGCGAGAAGGCAUAUGAUACUGUUUCGCCCAUGGUGUCUAGACUUUCACCUGGUCUUCAUGUUUUCUAUACCCCGCAGAGGAAUAGCAAUAAUUCGUAAAUUGCACCUUGGUUUGGCUAUGCUACCUUAACUAACACUGCCAGGAGUCUGCUAUGUCCUUCUCUGAAGAAGGUUUUUGGGGAUAUUGAUUGUAUAUCACCGGAGGUAUUAUUCAACUGUCUUCAGAUACAUGUAAUUUGUACUAAUAGCUUCGCAGGAAUCAUUUACAACCCUCCCCAACGAACGAUUUUCGCUCUCGGCGGCAACACAAUACUACACCCCCCUUUCCUCCAUAGCCGAGCUCAAAUCCUAUAACGACCAUAAACUCUGCCGAAAUUCAGAUCCUCAAUGUCUUUCUCGCUCCUCACUCCUCAACUCAGCAUCCUCGGUGGACAUAGAUUACGACACCAUCUCCCACGCCCUCACAAUAACAACCUUCUGGUCCUCCCAAACCUGGGACCUCGACGUAAAAAAUAACGCCAAACACCGUCUCGAAGUUGGCCUCCUCUCCGUCGCACCUCCCAAAGAACCCAAAGAACUCUCACUAGGCGGUUUCCUCGCAGUAAUAGGGGACCACAAAAAGCUCUCCCCAACACUCUUCUCCUUCCCCUCUCGCCACCAUCCCCUCCCAGAGACCUUCACAUCCACCUACCUCCUCCCAACUGGUCUCCAUCCCACCCUCGAACUCUCCAUCUCCUCUUCCACGCCCCCUUUCCCGUCCUCAGACCGCGAUUGCACACUCCACACCCACCUUACGCUCCCGAAAUCCCUCUUCCCGGAUCGCUACCAACUCAACGAUCCCCUCUUCCUCGCCUCCAAGAAUCUGUCGAGGGUAGAAUACAUCAGCACACCUAUCGACCUCGAAGCCCCCUCCUAUACCAUUCAAACCUGGGGCUCCACCCUCCUCCUCUCCCUCGCCCCUCCCCCAACAAAACACGCCAAAACCCAAAAAUUCACAUCCCAAAUCCUCCUCCACCUCCGCUACCUCCUCCCCUCCCACUCCCCUCCAUCCCAAAUCGCCAUCCCAUCACCCCUCGUCUUCUGGGCCUGUACCGCAGAAGAAGGCAGUA